AAGCAGUGCCGCGAGCGGUGGCGCAACCACCUGCGGCCAGAGCUCAACAAGGGCGAUUGGACGGUCGAGGAGGACGAGUUCAGCACCAAGUGGGCGCAGAUCUCGGAGCUGUACAUGCCGCUCCGGACCGACAACGACAUCAAGAACCGGUGGAACUCGAUCGUCCGCAAGAGC